AAGAUGUUGCCAACAACUCGACUUUUGGAUUUAUUUCACAUUUUUCAAAUAUUCAUCGUUCUCGAUAUCAAAAUAAAGACAAGGAAGCGCGGUAAACGAUGACUGAAUUCGAAUCGACUGAAAACCAGAAACCGACUAUGCUCGCCUCACUCGAUCAUCUUAGCCUACGGAAUUGGGCAUCGCCAUUUGAAGAGGCUAGCACACCCCCAACAUCUGAUGAUAGUUUCCAGUCGUCCUCUGAAGACAAUCUUAGCUUGCGAAACUGGGCGCCCCUUUCACCAAAUCCAGAAACAGAGAAAUCUGCAAAGUCUCUGAGAAACUACAGCACAAAUCCUCUGAUCCCUUCGUACAUCUGUGAUUUGUGCGAGUCUCCAAAGACCUCAGAGCUUCGAGUUGCCCACGAUGCUCCGACUUUCCAAACCACUUACUCCUAUUCUAUUAGUUGGGAUGUGGAGAUGGAUGAUGUGGAACACUAUAGAAAUGUCAUGGAAACUGUUUCGAAAAGCUCUGCCAUUUCUUCAAGAUCUUCAUUUGGAGGCGCCCCAUCUCCAGUGGUUGUCAAGUGUGAUGGGCCUUGCAAGAAGGAGUUCCCAUCGAACUUGCUGAGCACGAUUGGAAGAUGUGGUCACUACCUCUGUACCGCAUGUUUCGACAUUGUGAAGAACGCGGAUGGAACAUACGGAUGCAGUUCUCAGCAAUGCUACUGGAAGGGAUCAUCACGUCAGGAGAGUAAGAAGUACUAUGAGAAGGAUAUUUGUCGAAAGCAAAGAGCAAAGGCACUGGGUAUGAAAGAUCUUGGAAUAGAUGUGAAGCCGGCUUCUUCUGCAAGCUCAAAUCCGAUCAAAGAAACAUCCGAUUCUUCAUCUGAAACUAACUGUUCUCUGUCUUCUGGAACAGUUUCCUUCAACCAUAGAAUGUUGAACUCAUUGACUCCUGUCGCCGAAAAUUCCGUUGCAAUCAUGAUGGUGCUCGUGGAGCCGGUCGAGGUGUACGGCAUUGUUCAUAGCUACGUAAAAAUGAGCUUCCCACUCAACACGAAUCUUGCCAAAGCUCUUGGGGCAAUGUUGCAUCGGAAGAAGAAAGUUCUCGGAGACAAUGUGGCAAAUGGACAACUGUAUUUUGGAUUCGUGAAUGAUGAUGAAAAGAUUGGUAUGCGUCGUAUCAAAUCGAAUUAUUAUGAUAGCUUGAUGGUUGCGGAGAUUCCAAAAUUUGAUGAUCGUGUCGUUCUCAUCUUUGAUGUCGGAGAUUAUGUGGCUCGUGGAUUCAAGAUUUAUUUGGAAUGAACUUGUUUCGUUUUUAUGAAUAAAAGUUUGAAGGUCUGCG